AGUACAAUAUUUUCAAAAUGCCUGACAGUGUUUGCCAGAUAUUCAGUGGUUUGAUAGGAGACAGAAUUGGGAAAUUUCGAUAUGGAGUGUAUUAGUUGUGGUUACAAAAUCCGAUCCAUCACACCCCCAGUUCAACACGGUGAAGGACCAGUAUGGCACUCAGAAACAAGCACAUUCUACUGGGUAGAUACUUUCAAAAGCACCGUAUAUCGGUUACCACAAGAUGGUGCAAUUCAAUCGUACAAACUAGAAGGACGGGACUCUGUAGGAUUCAUACUUCCAAUCAAAGGCAAGAAUGAUACAUUUUUAGUUUUCGCAGAUCGUGUAGUGUACAAACUGCACUGGCCUUUCGAAAAAAAGAAGAAAAUUAAUUUACAAAAAAUAAUGUCCGUUGAAGAUGACAAACCUCUUAAUCAGUUUAAUGAUGGAAAAGUUGAUGCAAAAGGAAGAGUUUGGGGAGGAACACUUUCGAGAAACCGAUCUGAUCUCUCAGUAUCAAAUCAUGGCGGUUCAUUUUACCUGUUCGAUAGUACUUUUACUAGUAUUAAAGAGAAAAUAACUAAAACCAGUAUUAGCAAUGGAUUGGCAUGGUGUUCGGAUAGUACAAAAUUUUAUUAUAUAGACAGCCAAACUAGAUAUGUACAGGAAUAUACUUUUAAAUUAGAAACCGGAAAUAUAACUAAUAGGAAAAUUGUAUUUGAUCUCAAACAGCAUCCAGAAUUGAGUGGCAUACCAGAUGGCAUGACUAUUGAUGCGAACGAUAAUUUAUGGAUUGCUUUAUUUGGAGGAAGUCAUAUAAUUCGAGUUGACCCAAGAACUAAGAAGAUUUUGAUGAAAAUAAAAAUGCCAGCCACAUAUAUAACUUCUGUAGUAUUCGGUGGACCAAAUUUGGAUAUCUUAUACGCCACCACCUCUCGCUUAAAAUUUGAAGCUGCUCCUGAAAAAUUAGAAAAAGAACCUUUAGCUGGAAGUGUUUUCGCUAUUACUAACUUAGGUGUUAAAGGUGUUCCUGGAAAUUGUGUAACUUAUAAUAGGUACUAAGUAUAAUUAAUUAAAAGCAUUGGCGCUGAGUACUGGAGGGUGGGGGGGGGGGGGGGGGGGGGAGCUCGGAAAUAAUCCAGGAGAAACGUUAAAUAAUUAUUUAAAAAAAUGAGUUUUCUCCCAUAGCUCACAAACAGAUUAUUGGACUUCGGCUCCUAUGAUCGAAAAAGACAAUGUAAAAAUAAAAGAUUUACUUAUUUUUCCCAGAAAACGACUCAGGAUGAACAGUUACCUUUAAUUUUUAAAUAAUAUCAAAACACAUGUGUAAUACACGAGUACAUUAUAUAAAAUUUCUAAUUUAUGUUUCACUAAAAAAAUUAGUGAAGGGUGAAAAAACCGUUUUAUUUUCACAUAUUCGAAAAAUGUUAUAAUAUUAAUAAGUCACCUAAUUAAUUCUCUUACGAGUUAAUUUAUUCUUAUAUUCGUGGCAUUCCGGGACAACAUGGUGCCAUUUGACUUAUAUGUGAGGACACUCUGGAAAACCUCACCCACCAUCAUCGUUACACCAACGCACUGCGAUUUGUCACCUGAAUGCCAUAUCAAGAGAAAUUAAAUUACCGCUAAUAGGGCACCCAUCAAAUCCUACAACGAACGAUGCAAUUAUUUUUAAUAAAAUUUUUUGCUUGUUUCAAAACAAAUUAUUUUAAUAAUAAUAUUAAAAAAAGUUCUCUUUGAUUUAGUGAAAUAAUGACAAAAAUUAAAAUAAAAAAUGCUAACAUUUUUCCAUCGACAAUUAAAUCAAGUCAUCGUGUGGCUUUGCAAUAAGUGUCAAUUAACUUAAAACAAUUUGUUUGCAGUUUUAAUUUGGAGAAUGACGUUGAAAUUUUAAAAGUAAAAAUAAGGGAGGGAAGUAAUUCUUUUUCUCAAGUGCUAGUAGUAGAACCUUCAAAGAGGACGGACGUGUUUUCAGAGAGCGCUACUAUUUAUCUCUGUAAAUCCUCUACAAUUUUAAUUUUCUAACUCGCGUCGAUACCAGGGCCCCAGUAUAGGGCUCCGAUCGCGGAAGUGAAGUAGUUUUAUAAAGGUUUUUGGUGUGUGAGUGGUUAGUGCCAUUUUUAAAAGAUGCAUUUUUUCUCUACACGGUAGGUACACACAUUUUAACAUUAUAGUAUAAUUUACCAUCGCAGAACACGGUGAAACCGUACUUUACGUCGCUUAUCUGCUUUUGAAAUAAGAACCAUUUUUUUAUAAUGUUAUUAUAAGGCCCUGUACAUGCCAAUGAGCUCGGCACACCAUCCUAUUAAUUAAUUUAAUUUAAUUAAUUAAUUUAAAAACAAAAAAAAGUACAGGCCUGCCAGCGGGAGUCGAACCACGACCCGCUGUCCGUUGCGUUCGAAAUACCCAGCGCUGAAACACACUGGGCUAGGCUACGGAGAGGCCCGCUUAAACGAUUCGGAAUUCUUCUAUAUAAAGAUUAAUAAACAACCAAGAUCCUCAAAAUUAUUCUAAGACCGAAAUUCCGAUUCCCAAAGGUACCAACAUAUCUCGUCGAUUUCUGGGAACGCCGUUGGGAAAAUCCCGGACUUAGGGAUAGAUUUAAGGACCCCAGAGUCCCUACAUCAGAUAGCCAGAAAAACUACCCCCCAACCUCCUACCCCUAAAAUUAAAUUUUAAUGUGUGACUGGGUGGUUUUAAUGUUGAAUAAUAUAAAAGAAAACAAAAACUAUAUAUUUUUUGUAUUAUUUCAUGUUGAAGAAUAAUAUACAAUAAAUAAAAAAAAUUGUUAAUAAUUCACUAAAGCAAAGAGAUAUUCAACUUCUGUUUGAAUUAUUUUUAUUAUUUUUGAAACAAGCAAAAACUUAUAAAUAAAACAAUUUUUCUAAAAGUUGAAAAUAAAAAAGGUUCUUCUCUUUUUCAAUCCGUCCCAAAUUUUGUUAAUUAGGUAUAAUAAUAAUGACAUUAAAUAAAUAUUAUAACUAUUUUACAUGUUUUAUUUCAUUUAACUAAAAGAAAAUGAUUUUACGGUAACGUUUCAGUUCACUAAGUUUACUUCAAUGUUUGGAUAUCUGAGAGCUGACAACGGUGUAAUAGAAUAAGUAGGUACUGACUUUCUUGAUAGUGGAUGAUAGUCUUCUAAUAAAAUUACCUGCAAAUAUAAAACGUUUUAAAGAGAAAGUGAACAGAAGAAUUGGUUGUAAAGUCUGUAAAAACGGAAUGAUGGAAUGGAAUCAAGUUAAUAGUGAUAAUGAUAAUUGUUAUAUUCAGCCAGACGUGGGUUCCCAACGGGUACGAUAUCGCCCUGGCAAGGCCGCCGAGAGCCAGGUGGGGCCUCGGGACAAUUUUCCAGGUGGGGGCCCCGUGACAAUUUUAUAAAAAAAUUAAACCCUUUCAAUAUCACAUUUCUAAAAAAAGGCCCUCAAGCAAAAACUUAAAUCCUUUUUAGUUUUUAGUGGAAUCUCUAAAAAAGGUCCUCAUCUUGUAUUUUACGUAAACCAGCGCUCCUUCCUUUUAUGGCGAACUUCUAAAAAAAUAAAACGUCCUUACUUAAAGCGGCCGGGCCUCCCUUGUGCCGCUGCUGGGCCCCCGCUUGUGCCCGGGCCCCGGGAAUUUGCCCAGGCUACCCCCUCUCGUCGUCCCUGCCAG